AUGCCGGCCAUGCGCUCUUCAGGUGCAGCUCUGACAGCUCAAAUGAAGAACCCUUUGCAAAGGAAGGAAUCCAUACUGGGGAACUAUUUUCCACCAAGGAAAUCUGCAAAAAGGCAGUUGAUGGAUAACCCAAAUGACGAGUCUGAGGAUUCAGACAGCUCGCUAACAGAUUCAAGUCCGAAAAGACUCUCUAUAGCUGAAGAGAGAGAAGACAAAACUACCUGCCAGUCAGAGAAAACCACGAGCACAUUGCAUGACCCUGAGCGUGUGUUUAAGGUGGUGUUUUUGGGGAACUCCGCUGUGGGAAAGAGCUCGUUCAUCCAUCACUACUGCAGCGGCCACUUCCCCAAUAACUUGGCCUCAACUGUGGGAAUGGAUUUUCAGGUCAGGAGCGUGAUGCUCGAUUCAACACCAGUCGCUCUGCAGCUGUGGGACACCGCAGGGCAGGAGAGGUUCCACAGCGUCACGCAGCAGUACUUCCGAAGGGCUGACGGAAUCAUCGCCAUGUAUGACCUCACGCAUGAGGCGUCUUUCACAGCCGUCUGCCAUUGGCUGGAUCGGGUGCAGUUUCAACCUGCUUGA